CGUCUGUCUUGCUCGUGCAGUGUGUGGUGGUUUGCUUCUGCCGUCAGUGUGUUGUGGAAAUGUGAGUGUGGUUGGAGCUGCCUCGCAGGCUGAUAGGAAAUGGUAUGGCUGAUCUUUUAGCGGCACAUUUCAACAGUGGUCUUGUCGCGGCGAAGCUUGGCGGAGGGAGCGCGGAGCGACCGGUGUGUGGCAACGCUGGCACAGGAGCGCUGUGGCGAGAUCUGGGCUUUGUUGCGCACAGAUAUGUUGUGAAGGAUGAAUUUCAUCCCUUCAUCGAGGCCCUCCUCCCGCACGUCCGUGCCUUCUCCUACACUUGGUUCAACCUGCAGGCUCGCAAGCGCAAGUACUUCAAGAAGCACGAGAAGAGGAUGACCAAGGAUGAGGAGCGCGCGGUCAAGGACGAGCUGCUGGGGGAGAAGCCCGAGAUCAAGCAGAAGUGGGCCUCGCGCCUGCUGGCCAAGCUCCGCAAGGACAUCCGGCCCGAGUUCCGCGAGGACUUUGUGCUCACCAUCACGGGGAAGAAGCCGCCCUGCUGCGUGCUGUCCAACCCGGACCAGAAGGGCAAGAUCCGCCGCAUCGACUGCCUCCGUCAGGCCGACAAGGUGUGGCGGCUGGACCUGGUGAUGGUCAUCCUGUUCAAGGGCAGCCCGCUGGAGAGCACGGACGGCGAGCGGCUGGUCAAGUCGCCUCAGUGCUCCAACCACGGCCUCUGCGUGCAGCCGCACCACAUCGGGGUGACCGUCAAGGAGCUGGACCUCUACCUGGCCUACUUCGUCCACACACCAGGUAAGAACAUAAACGUCUAAUAUUGUGGUGUGCAGGGCUGCAUGAAUGAAAUAUGUGUCGCAUGAGAAAUGGAAGUGUGAAUUUGAGUUCAUUAUUUCAUGAAAAAGAACCAUCAAUGUUUUUCAAACACUGUAGUCAAUAUUAAAUGAGAACUUAUAAGUUAAACAAAAAAAAAUGAGAGAAGAUAAGGACUACAAAACAGGCCAUUUUACAGAAAUAAAAUAAAAAAUCUGCUAUUAUGACUGUCCAAUAAUAAAUAACGGUUUAGUUAGUUUCAUAUUUUUUUGUUUAGUCAAGGAAAAUGUAAACAUUUUUUAUGAUGUGGCAGAUUCACAGCUUUUGAUUUUGCAUUUCAUUGACUCAAAGUUGGGUCUUGGCACUCCAGUUUCCUCCCACUCCCCUGAAACAUUUCGUGUCUCUGCCUGUGUGUCCUGUAAUGGAGCGCUUUCCAGUGUGUCCCCGCCUCAGAUCCAAUCCACAGGUGGCCCUGGUUAGCUGGGAGUGGAGUGUGUGGCUGGGGUUUGGUCCUCCCAUGUUGUGAAUCCUGUUUCCAGCCGGUGGUUCUGAGUGCUGUGUGAUCUCAUGAAGUGUUACAAGCAGUGCGAAGCUUCUCUGCUCUUGGAGCGACUCCCUCUCAUUGUCUUGUGUUUGGCUCCUCCUCUCCGUCUGUCAGGAGGCUGCAACACCUUCAUUUGUUCUGGGCUUCCCCCCGACCCGCCUUGCUCCCGUCUUGCUCAUCUGUCUCUCCGCCUCCUCCACCUCUGCCCUCACAUCUCUUACCUCUCUGUCUGGCAUCACUCCUCCUCCCUCCUGCUUAUCUCGCCCGUCUCCUGAUCUGCCGUUUCCCCCUCCUCUUCCUCUUCGCCUGUGUUUACCUUCAUCGCUCCACCAGAUGGUUCGUGUUAGAAUUCGACGUUUGACAGCUUUUAUGUGUUUUUUUCCCCCGUGAUAUUAUUCUAACAUUGAUGGGAUCGUUCGGAGCACGAGGAGCGUGGGAGGGAGGCGAGGAAAUGAAAGUAUGGAACCCCCUGAUGGAUUAGAAGCAAUUACUCCAUCAAGGGAAGCAGCCGUCGGCGGGAAGCUUUUGGUCGGCUUCCCUGCGAUGCUCCCCGUUACUCCUGCGAAGCCCCCAUAUUCCCAAACAGCGGCUCGUGUUACGUCUGUCAGGGCGACUCCCUCUGUCGAGCCGGGAGCGGGCCCCACUUGCCAAAUAGAAUUACUUGUUUGCUUGUGUUUUCUUAAAAAAUCUGUCAGAAUGGGGGAAAACACAGGCGAGUCAGAGCUGCAGGGGAAAGGGACCACUCCCAGCAGUCGGUGCUCGUCCCUGGAUGAGCGCUCGGGUGGCGUCCAGACCCUCUGCUGAAGUGAAAAUCCACGAUCUGGAACAUCCUUGUAUGAGUUCAGCCAUUCGCAAACCACUUCUUUCUGGACUCUUCCAGUCCAGACGUUCAGUUUUAUCUGUGGGCAGGAACGGCACGCUGCAAGGGUCAAGGGCACUCGAGGUGACCUGUGAUCUGGCAGGGGAUUAUUUUAAUACCCAAUUUUAAUCCGAGAACAUGUCUUUCAUGAUGAUUAUCCUGCCUUCAUUUGAGUCCGGACCACAUUCGUCCGUCAAUCAAUUAGUCAAAUUCAAAUUAGAGUGGAAGAAAAGGGAUGACUGUUUGAGAGUCCUUCAGCAGGAGUCGAGGCGUCGUGAGUGAUCCGGCUCCUGACAGGCGAGGGCCCCUGUACUGACUCCAGGUGUCUCCGUCAGGAGCAACACUCUCACCUGUCUUUCAUGAAGUUAUGUUUUGAAGACGACUGGGAAAGUUGCUUGGAUAUUGACAAGUGGGCUUUUUGCCUGAAAACUCUACUAUUGAAAUUGACGGUAGGAAGCUCUUGGUGGCAACAUCAAACCGGUUGGACUCCUGACCUUUGCCACAUGGCUUGGCAACAUGAAAAAACCAAACGACGCAGCAACUUGUGCGGCAUGCCACGGGCUGCAUCGAUGAAACAACAGCAAUGUAUCAUGGAAAAUAUCAACCAUUUCCUCCCACGACUAAAAUGGUUCCCCGUCUGUUUUGAGCCGUAUGACCUCGGCUCUCUGACCCCCGGGUCCUGGAGCCUCCACACUCUGUGUUGCUUCUGUUUUCUGACCAAGAUGGAACAAAACCUCACCAUGUAUCAUGGCAGGAGCCUUGAACACAGAUCUGUCACCUGCUCCAUCAAGUUCCACUGCACUUUGCCAAGACGUCGGCCAAUAACACGCCACUUGAGCGGCGUCGCAGCUCCAGAAACAGAGCGAGCAGAGGCCCUUUAUUCAUGGCUUCUACUGUAUCUCUCCGCGGGUCGGACUGGGCCUCCCUCCCGUCUCCUCCCUCCGUCCCUCCUUAAGUCGCUCCCUCCCCACAGAACUGCAAACAAUAAAGCCUCUGUUACAUUUGACUUCCUCACGUGUUUCCCUUCCUCCCUCCUUCUCCAGUUCUGCCUCACUUCUUCCUCUCCACCUCUCAUUCGGUUCCUCCCUCGUCCCUUCAGGCUGUUUUCUAUCUGGGCCCAGCGCUCACCCGCUCUUCCUGCCUCCUAACCGUUUGCACGGCUAGUGACAUUAGCGCUGAUGGCUGCGCCGCCGCAGCGGCAGUGACACGGGGACAGCAAACAGAUGUUGUCCUAAUCUCCCCGUAAUGAGAUUGCUCCCUCAUUCCUGCGUCUGUGUGCGAGCGGUUGUCUUCAGAGGGGGCUGUUGACUGGGAGUCAAUAAAGCAGACCAGUGGCGGGUCAGACAGGUUGCUGUGUCAGGAAGUGUUUGCUUUGCUGGAAAGACGGUGGGUGAAGCGCAGUCCUGGGAGCCGCCUGGAUCCUGCCUGCGCUGGAUGAUGCUUGUCUCUCGCAUGUGCUAAAUCGAUUCAGUUGUUUUUUGAAAGAAAAAAAGAAGAAUCCAGACUCAGGUUUUUACGAACACGUGGAGCAAAUUUGCUCUUUACUGUAACCUGCGUAAGCUGGAAGGAAUGUAUUUGAUCGCAGGUUAUGAAAAAUGAUUUCAUUUUUUCAGACUUCAAACUUCCGUUUCUCACACGUCUGGUUUUGAAACAUGUUUUGUCGCCAUAUUUCGUCCUAAUCUCCAAUGAGGAAAGGAUCGGCGACACACAGGAAGCGCUUUUAUCUGAUGGCCUUUUGCGAGCCAAUUAGCUUAGAGUGCAGCUAAGUACAGCUAAUUCUACGGAUUAGCUUUGUCGCUCUGACCGCUUAGCAAAUUCACUGCAUCCGUUUAGUGAAGUUGGAUUCUCUCAGUGACAUCCAGGGAUGCUACGCUGUGUUUUACCCACAGUGCACUUUGGGCAGUCAAGACAAAACAGGCGGCGAGAGAGAAGCUUUACCUGAGCGAGUGCCCGCGUGAUUGUUGACAUCCUCGACCGUCUGGGGCGGUCACAUGAUCAGGCUGCGCUGCGCUUCGGUUUCCCUCCGGUUUACUGUUCAGGUCCGGUCACACUUGGCUCAGUGGCCGCAACUUGAAACGGGCCGUAACCGAGACACGCCGGCGAAUUCACGCUCCUUUUUCAUGCGAGCACACACACGCGGGACGGAGGUUAGCGGGUACGUUCUCCGCUCAGAAUGACAUCACCCUGCUGCAGGCUGAACAAAGCAGACAGGGAGCUGAGUGGAGCGCGAGUCAGGGAUCCCAUGUGAAAAUCCCUCUCAAGAGGUUCAGUGUCGGGCUGGGGAGACAGGGAGGCUUGUAUCACUGGAUCUGAGGAGUAUGUCCAGUUUUGAGGAGGACUCCUUUGUCUGGGUCUGGUGGACCCCCUUCUGUUCACUCUUUAUUUACUUGUUGUGUCACAGUUGUUGCUCCCUCUAGAGACGCACAACUUAAUACAUGGUCCUACGGUGAGUGCUGCUGAAACCUCUAGCACCAACACUGGGAACUGGGUUGCACUUCUUUAUGGUUUGGUCCUUCAUAUUCCAACCCUUUUUUCUUUUCACCCGACCGAUGAGUCUCUUCUUUCUGCCUCCGUCCUUAUACCGGCUAUAAGGUCCUCACACCAUCCUUUAGGGGCCUGUGAGCUCCAGCGAGGGGGAAUUAGCCUCAGAUAAUCAUCUCCUUCUGGGCUACAACCACUUAAAGCACCAGGCCUGUUUUACACUCCAUUUACCAGGAGGAGAGGGGAGCGACUUGCCUCAGCGCCCCCUUUGCUCUGAAGCCACGCAGCCUUGGCCCAAAACCCUGAGAGGAGCCUUCCCAAACACGCCCCCCCGGCCCUCUCUCAAAUUAACACCUGAAGUCAGGCCCACGUCCGUCAGCUGCGCCGGCGCUGCAGCUGCGGCUGAUGUUUAUUUUCUGCCACUGGCCUGCGAGGAAAGUGUGUUUCGGCAGGACCCCUUCCUGCGCCCCCAGUUCUCCGGCCUCCUGCGCUCCAGCUGCUAUUGUGUGCCAAAUCUCUCUUUCCGCCUGGUUUUGUCUGCAAGUUGACUCUCCACGGUUGAGAACGGGGCCUCUAUAGAUGAGAAGCGCGGCGCUUAUUCAACACACGCCGUUGAGUGGCAGAGCGGUUACCACAGGCACAGCACCGACGGAGCAGGAGGAGUAAGAUCUCCGCUGGGCGGGCGGAGCCACACGAACACAGGGCUCUGUCCGGCCGCAGAUCAGCCAGCGUGCGUAUGUACAUAUACACACAGGACUCGCCGGCGUGUCCGGAGCCUGUGUGGCCCGGCGCAGGAAAUGUGUGAGCCAUGAAGGCAUGUGUUUAUGCUGGCUGCAGUCGCCCAUCACCAGCCAGAGGGAGAACAGACACCGCGCUGCGUCUCUCACCUCCAGACUCCCUCUGUUCAGUUUCCCUCCAAGAAAGAAAGGCUGCCACUCCAGCCGCCGACUCCUUUGCCAUACAUUUACUCUCCUCUUUACUCAGAGUCUGCUAAACAGUGGGGCUGUAACGAAAUAGUGAGCUCGAAUAAAACCUCUAUUUAAAAAAGUAUAUGUCAACAAAUGGAGACAAGAAUUUGAUGUGACCUCGUGGCUGAACGAAGAAUGAAAACAAAUGUUACACGAAUUUCCUGAAAGCUCAAGUCUGGCUUAAACUAAAUGAGUCUGGCCUCCAUUUUAACACCAGGACUCCUUUGAGGAUUUGUACUUCAUGGAAGUCCACUGGAGUAAAGUUGGUUGGACUUAACUUCAUUACAUUUUACUGUGAACCACAGAACAAAUUAGCACAAAACCGCCUCCAGUCACAUGACAUCUUGGGAGUAAUGUUAGUUUUGCGAGGUCUUGUGACUCACAUUGAAGAUAAUAAGAAUAAUCUGUUUUUAAGGUGGAUAGAUUUGGAUAACAUGUCUAUAAAAUUUGCUGCAGGAUAAAAUAAAAGAAUUGAGAUGUGUAUUGACCACUGUAUUUGAACUCUGGCUGUUGAAAGUUCACUCGAGAACAAGACCUCAUGAAUCCGUCUGUUUUAGGACUUUUGGCAUUUUGUCCACUUGAGGCCACCAUAGCGCCACCUGACAGUGUUGUCACAGUUCAUUCUUUCUCAGUUUCUUCCUCCCUUCCUCCUUCUGGGGUUCUUCUUCAACUUGGUCCGGGGCAUUGAGGGCAAAACGCUGACCUCUACAGUGUGAUGAAUCGUGGUCUCUUGUGGUGAAACGUUUAAAUUCAAUGCUAUGAAAGUGGGCCGGCCUCGGGGUCUACUUAUCUUUUGUGUUUGUUUAGCGCAUUAGCGUUUAGCUCGGUUCACAGAAACUGAAAAUAAGUUUCUCCCCCAGCUUCUGCUAUUCAAAUGGCCUUGAUGGAUGUGACUAGGAGAUAAAGCCCUGAGACAUUUUGAUCAAACUCGUCGUCUUCUCACCUCACUAAUAAUACAAAAACAAACACAGACCAGCUCGGAGGACUUGGCUCGGUGAGGUUGGCUGGGCCCCUGAGUCAACAGUUCCUAAAUCAUCGGGACUAUUUUUCCGCAACAGUUGGACGUGUACAGUUUAUGGAGAGUAAAAAUUCUUGUCUCACAGCUGAAUGGAUCUCUGCUCUUGGACAUUUACAAUAGCCAUGUUCACGUCGUCCAAGUUCCCGGCAGCGAUGCUGGCGGUAGCGCCCGGCGUCGUGGUGGAUGUUUGUUGGACCUGCCUUGAUGGAUGUGUUCUGCGUGAAGCCGAGCAGAAAAAUGGUGUUUAUAUGAGGUGAGAGAGAGGAGGAGGGAUGGCAGUGACACACUUGGGCUGCGGAGGAAUGGCGUUUUAAUGCCGGCCGCAUCAGUCUUCCCCGUCACUCUCAUAAGCCAGGAGCUUAUUGUUGCCUGUUUAUCACGGCCCAUGUGAGACGGGAGUUUGAGCUUCGUUCCUGGCGCUUCAGCGCCGGCUCUUGAAAGGAAGUCAAGCUCUCCUGAAUGUGACUUCAGUGUUGGAGUCACAUCAGGAAAGCAUUACAUGGGUGGUGUUUUCUUUGUCUGACAACUGAGCGCUUGCAACCGACUGGAGAAAUUACUUUAGAAGCCUUUUUUUGUUUGUCUUUUGCCGACCCAUGCCAGGUCUGGGACCAGGCAGAGGAGCCCAGAAGUCUCCCUGGAUCUGUGCCCGAGCACUGGUGGGGAAGUGCUGAGGCGGGCCCAGGCCAAAACCACCCUGAUAUUAUUGACAAAUACUCCUUCAAAGCAGGGCUGCGCCGAUCGAUCGGCCAACCGAUUUAUCGGCACCGAUAUGGGUGAUUUUUUUCAAGGAAAAUGACAACCGAAUUGCAGUCUGCGCCAUGUACACCCAUGGACUUGGCCUCCGCGGUAAACCUAGGCACUGCCUGAAAUCACCGCACUGAAUUCGCGCGCUACCUAGAGGCUAAUAAGCUAAAGCUAACGGGAGCCAAGUGCAAGUGAAACCAAUGCUAUGGGAGUCCAUUCUUUUGGAUUAGCAGCCGUGUUCUGCUGUUGAAGACUGGAGCUUUGAGCGGCUAAUACACACCCGGACCCCAGAAACUCCUGGUCAUGUUGCCGACGAAAAGAGGAGAGAUCUGUCAGGUUAUGAGGCAGCAAUCCAGUAUCUACCAGGUGAAGUUUACUUUGUGGGUUUGAUCUUUUCACAGCUCAUUGAAAAGGGAGUAAAAGUCAUUUUAUGUGAAACACUUCUACAUUCUUUAUUUAUUUUGCUUGAAAAGUUGCAAUGUUCUCUGUAAAGUGACUUUAGUGUGUCAUUUAGUUGUGAAAAAAAUAUUGGUAAAUUUCGGUUUCGGCCUCUUGGGCUUUCAAAAAAACCAAAUCUGCCUCGGUAUGGGCCCCAACUUCAAAGCUAACGGUAGCUCUGACUCGAUGCUAUCCCCACUAGCACACAGCUGAUGUGAAAACUGCUCCACGCUGCACGCCUGACAGAGAUAUGGGAUCGGAGCUGGCUGUGCCGGCGCAGGUUCAGUGCUCCGGCCGCGGCGGUCAAUGUCAGUGGGGUGGCGGAGGCUCAGUCCCAGCGAGCGUGUAGAUCCUGGUGAUUGAGUGACUGAGCGCUUAAUGUUUCAGGCAGCGAACAGCCCAAACAAGUUAAUCCUCCACCACCGCUAACCCCUCCAUCCCCUCGCUAACUCCGCCGGCCGGCCGGCAGCACAUUUAAAGGGCAGGGCUUUAAAAAAAAAAAAGAAAAAUCUCCUUAAUGAUUUAAUCAGAGGAGAUAUUCAUCUGCCCGCUGCCGCCAGCGCUGGGUCCAUGUGAGCGGGAGACUUGGUGAUUAUGGAGCUGGAUUAAAAGACGAUGUUGUGCUUUUCUGAUUGGGGACAGAGUUUGAGCCGGAGGUCAGGGAAGCUUGUUGGGAAUGGGAUGAUCCUUUAUAGGAAGAGGAGAUUCCAUUAGAGUGCAUGACAUGCAUGUGACCAAAUAUAGUAGUAUAUUCAGUUAAGAUGCUGAGCUUCUCUCUGACUGCACAUGUGCUCAGGUGUUUAGGAGACCAAGUCAGAGAGGCUGGAUGGAGAUGGUUUGGACAUGUACAGAGGAGAGAGAGAGAGCCAGUACAUUGGUAGAUGAAGAUGUUGAGGUUGGAACUGUAGAAGGUGGAGAGGAAGGCCACAGAGGUGGUGAAGGAGGACAUGAGGUUUGUAGGUUUGAGAGAAGAGGAAGCAGAGGACAGUGGGAGAUGGAGGAGGAUGAUCUACUGUGGCCACCCUUGAAGGGAGAAGCCCAAAGGAAAAGAAGAUUCUAUAUUCAGUUAUUCUUUAAAGCAAUGGUCCACGUCCCUGGAGAAUCACAUGCACCAUGGACGUACCAUGUCGGAGAAUAGAAUCUAGAGUAGAUGGGGCCGUAGGGAACCAGAUCUUGCAGCUCUAGUCUGAGUCUCUGGUGGGUGAAUGAGCUCCAUGAUGUGUCACUGAAUUGAACUCGACCCAUUUAUCGAUGGAGACUGUUACUAAAAACAGGACGUCAUGAUGUGCUUGAGUCUGUGGGAUCUCCACUGACUCCAGGGAUGUUUGAAGGCAGCGUGGAAUAUCUUGAAUUUGCCACCUGUGUUUCUUCACAGAGGUUGAUCUUGGCUUUUAAAGUUUGCUGACUGGGCUAUUUUUGACUGGAGUCGUCGCAACCCUCCUUCCUUCCUCCUGCGAGCCCAUUCUCCUCCUGCGGUUCUUCUUUAACUCGCUCCGGUUAAAUGAAGGAGACAGAAAUGUUUGGGGGGGGGGGCAGACCACCACCUUCCCCGGGGUUGAGGGAUGCAAAUGAGGAGGAAAAAGAGUCCGAGGAGAACUGAGAGAGAGCUGAGAUGGAGCUCCUCAGCUCCUGCAAAUGGCAGUAACAUUCAGGAGCCUGGUGAAAACAUUAGCUCCAGAGCUCAUUUGUUCUCCUCAGCGUUCUCCUUUCUUGUUUUCCGUUUUGUCCUUACGAUCCCAGUGAGCUUGCCGAGGCACUCGGGGUAAUAAAUUUUCCUUCGCCGCGCGAGCGCUCGCUUGCAUCACCUGGGGAGCUUUGAAUCAGCGUUGGUGCCUGAGACCUCUGUGGCCCCAGCAGCGCUGAGAAACAGUCUGAUCUAAUUCCUUCUUUUAAUAAGUUGCUGCUGAUGGUUUCAACAUUGUCUUACUCUUUUUACAUGAUACUCGGCGGCCUAUGGUUUCGUACGGAAUCAUGGAAGGUGGAAUCUUUUUGUCUUUAACUCGGAACGUCGGCAAAUUUGAUAUAAUGCGGCUUGUGCGACUGACAUUUUAUCCAUGAAUUGGAGCCUCAAAUGUGCCUUUUGGUGGUGGUCUUGUAGCCCCUCCCAUCAAUAUACAAGUCCGACUUUCACAUUGCACAUGGAAAUACGUUUUAUUAAACACAGAAACACAAUUGUUUUGCCUCAGGUCUUAGCUUGAGAGGUGUCAGGGAAGCCGUGAACUGAUAGAGAUGAGCAGUUGGACACCCUGUAUUUCCCAUCAUUCGUGCCCUUAUAGUUCCCGGGUCCUCGUGGCAUCGUACUGGUUUCCAUGAGAUGAGAAGCGUGUUUCUCACAGAUAAUUUCGCUGAAUUUCAUUGGAUUUUCCGGCUUCUCAUGCCUUCGCGGACGUUCGCGACUUUGCGAAAUCUCACGGUUAUUCACAUCUCACAAGUCGCAACACUCCUGCUUCACCGGUUGACCCGGCGUGGAAGGGCGCUGCUAUUGGUGGGAUGUGAAAACUUGACCCUGAAAAUGCAGGAAGUGGAGUUUCAUGGGGUUCAAAUUCCAAAAUUUCUCAGGGGUUGAAGUCAUGUAGUGUGACCAAACUGUGUCUCACAAUCCAGGUGUGCCCCCUGGUGGACACUUUGGACAGGGACAUAAAGAGACUAGUCACGGUCUAAUGAGGUCUAAUAACCUUCAGUAAUGUGUGUGUGACCUGAUGCAGUGUGUGUGUUCCUCGGUCUGAGCCCAUGUCUGCGGUGAUCACAUGACAAACCUGAUAUCAGCUGUGUUUUGGAACGAUGAUCUGCAGAUGUGUCUUCAACUUCCUUCAGCCAGGUCGGUGUUAUCAGUGGUCCUCAUAAGACAACAUGAUUUGUUGGUUGAAGGCGCCCAUGUUAGCUCCAUGUUAGCAACCGUUAGCUUGGCUGCUAAAUGAGUCGGGGCACACGCCGGUGAUCCGGAGCACGACUCGUUGUGUUCAAGUCAUUGAUGUACAGUGUAGUUUGAUCUCUGCUUGAACUAUUGAUAAUAGCCUACAAUAACCCAGAAUUUGAGUGGUUUUGUUUCACACAAACAAGCGAACAGCUUGUCUCGCCACUCAUAAAACACUUCCUGUAACACUGGGUUCCAUUAUUUCUAUCCCUGAAAACGACACGCAGGCUAUUAAAUCUGGAUCACAAAGCCGGUGAAGUGGCCCCGAUCACCGUCCUCCCCACACACACACACACACCGUAUCCCUGUCCGUCAUGAGCUGGAUGAAUAGAUGCCGUAUUAUCUGCUCGAAAAUCUGUAACAAGAGACCAGAUGGCGCAAAUGGCUUAUUCCCGUCCAUAUUUUUAGCGCUACACCUGUUCGUAUCGGCGGCAGAGAUUUAUUUUCAGGAAGUUAUUGAGGGUUGCGCAGCCGGGAUUUGUAGUUGGUGUGUGAUGAAUGAAAGUGAGAGCAUGAACGUCUCACCUGUCGCUGACUGCCUGUCCACGCCUCGACGUAGCUGACGUCCGCGGCUCAGCGUUUUUCUACCGUGGUCUGCCGCGCAAUAUCCACGCUGAUAUGAGGGUGUUAUCGGUGGCUCAGAGCAGCGCUGCAACUUUGAUGGAGGAUUACUCAGCGCUGAUCUUCAGGAUGGCCAACCUGACCACUGAAGGGCCAGUGUUGGGAGCCUUCUUUGAGUCUUUUCUCUGCUUAUCUGUGGGGGCCCAGAUGGGAACAGAUCCCUCCCCUGAUCGUGGCCUCGGCGAAGACGGAGGAAGAGACACGGUGAAGGUCGUCCCUCGCGUCUUUCCUUUCCUUAAUUUGCGAUAAGUGAAAUCACAUGUUGGCUUCCACUGCGGGACACAAGGACAACGUGAGAGAAGGGGCUCCAGAGGAUGAGGGGAGGUCGGGCCAGACGCAGCGUGGAAUAUUUCAGUCCAAGCCUCAAUGUACUCUUCGAGUAUUGUCUGUGUUUUGACAUUUCAGUUGAGCUCUUCUCUGCCCUGCUCAGACGCUGGGGUUUCCCACAGCAGCCAGUUCAGUCAGCGUAGGACAGUUCCAUUUUAACACCAAACUCAGUAUGCCGUGGAAGUGAAGUAUCAUCGGACAGUGUGUUGUCGUGUUUACUGGGGAUCAUAACCUCUAAAUCUUCUUCUCACCCUCAACAUCAGAGUUUUCCGAUCCCUUUUCUCUCCUGUGUUCUCACGUACACAUGUAUUUCAUGUGGAGCCAUCGUGGUGACGUGGUCCUGUGAACCUCUGGGUUUCACAGCCAGCCUCACCUUGGGCUUGGAAGCUGUCUCAAAGACGCCCUGAGAAGAGCUGUGAUCUGUGGUGAGUGGCUGUUGCUCACGGCUGCCGUCAGGCAACUGAACGUCGAAGAGCCACUUCAUCUUUCCAGCGGGAGCCAUUCUGGUACCGAGCUCCUCUUAAGGCUGAUCGUGUCACGGCUCCAGAGUGAGCUGUUUGCUGCUGCGGUGGUUAAACAAGUUUUCCUCUCUCCAUUACACCUCCAACUCACUCACUUCGCUCUCACAGCUGCCAUUGUGGCAGCGACGCGCCAAGGCUCUGGCUUUGAUCCACAACUUUGGCGAGUGAAAGUGCCAUCGCUGCUGAGGAUAAACAGUCUUGAAAAGGAAAAACGGAGAUGUUUUUCACGUCAGUGAGACAAUGGAGGUGCGAGAACUUGGGUUUCAAGGUGAGCCUCCACUUGAAUGAUUCACCUGAAGCAACUGGAGCGUCGUCGUCGUCAUGAAGUCCCUCUUUUCGACUUUUCCCUUUUAACUGUCAGUGGUAACAUCAUCACUACACUGCUUUUAAAACACUGUGUAUUCAUUUUUAUGGGAAAGCCUAGUGUAAUGCCGGUGUUAUGACGGGGAGAAUGGAAUAUCCUUGCUUCCACCUCUUGCCCUUUGACCUUGCUUGCACUCCUUGUCCGAAGCGUGGGCGACCAUGUUGACUAUCCGUGGCUUCCUCACGCCACACCCACGAGCAGCGCCGGCCUGGACACAGCGCCGGCUGUUGCCGACCGGCCGGGUCUUGGCCAGCUGCCAGCGAGGCAGACAGCGUGAGCCCCGAUGCGAGCAGCAUGUAGCUGGAGCUCCUUCAACCUGCGCUUCCUGCCGGGGCGAGGUCUAAUCCCGUCCCCAGUGUGGGCCGUGAUGCAGCUUUGAUUUCAUUAUGAUGUUUAAUGGGCAUAGCAACAGACUGGGUGACACGCUCACGUGGCUUUGUGGCUCCCUGUUUGGGGGAUCGUCCCGGGGGGGCGCUCGCUCUCACAAACUAUUAUUUUAUGAUUCUCAGCGCUGGUGUCUGGAGCGCCGGCUACGUAUCGUGUUAACAAUUAAUUAGCCUUUUGUUUGCCGUCAGAAAUAUGUGGAAGGAGGGGGCUGAGAAGACGACGCUUGUCACAUGACCGCAUGUCGACGGAUUAAAGGAUUUGCCUCUGAACAUUUGCAAUCACAGUCAAGAGUCGGGGCGCCUAUAUGGCCCCGGGAGGUGGCGCAGCGUGAAGCUCCCUUCUCACAACAAGUCCUGACGCCUGGUUACGUCUGGAGAGGUCUUGCAUCAUGCCGCCUGCACAGGCAGGAAAACAUGAGAGAAAAUGGCGGGUCCCUGCUCUUAAACGGGACCGACGUGUCCCCCCGUCUCACUCUUGUACUACAUGUAUUUUUGCAUCGCAAAUAUGGCGUUUUUGGUUUGCUUUCGCCAUUCAAAUGUAGCUAUCAUGCCAAGGAUAUUUCCAGAAACUAAACAAUAUCUGUAUAUUUGCAUAUUUUUUAGAGGCAGUAUUGACUGGGCUUGUUGUUUUAAUCGAUUUCGGUUUUCUCCAGUGAUCCAGGACUUUCUGUCGGCCGCCGCAGAGCAUAGCUACGGUCUCUUUUAUGGUAGUCCCCUCCCCCUCUACUGUUUCCGACAACCUUCGCCUUUCCUUCAAAUUUCCAUUCCUCCUCUCCCUUCACUGUAAAAGUCAAAAAUCCAUCUCCCCGUGUGUUUUUUUUUCCAAUUGCAAUUACAGUAAUAUGUAACAUCAGGCGCGGUGAGAUUUAGGGCUUUACCUUGCAUAACCCCUGGAUUUAGCUGCAGGGUUUUAAGGCCUCGCUGAGCCGCUGAGCUGGGGGCAGUCGGGCCUCUUCAAAAUACUUUCAAAUGGCUGAAAUCCCCUAAGGGCCAAUGAGAAUACGAGGAUAGCGAGGCUCGCCCUAGCAAGUAUCAUUAUUUUUCUAUUACCAUGGAGCCUUAUCCUUUUACAGUACCAGCCGCUCCGGUCAGCUGGAUCGUGGACACGGGUCAGUUCAGACUUUGCUGUCUGUUCAACGGAAGAUGCAGUUUGUUCACAUGACUCCGUUGCAGGACCCGUGUGGUGACGUCCAUGUAGCUCAAGAAGAGCAAACAUGUUGGUCGCGCUACAGGUCAAGUUGGAUCACUCUUAAGACAGGUUUCUUUGGUGGAUCUGGUGGUCUUUCAUCCAGGGUCCACCUGUAGUUGGGAUUCGAUUCACAGCAAGAUUAUUCUGCCCUUGAGCUCAAGUCUGGAUCUGAAGCGUCAACUCAGGUUUCCUCCCACAGUCCAGAAGGAUAUAGAUGUGAAUCUAUGACUUCAGUGCAUCAAGGUUUUGGUGACCAGGGUUUCCGCUACAUGUAAAACAACGGCAGCAGAAGUAUUUAAAUAAAGUGGAACUAAGGAAACAAGCGGAACGCAGCCACAUAAUAACUAAAGAAACGCCUCCGCAGCUCGCAGAACAGAAGUCUUGCAGUCGGCCGGUCAUAUGAGGAGACGGACCGGCUGAGGACGGCUGCAGAUCGGAUUAAGAAAGAGUGUUUUUAGUACGUCAAAACUGUCUGUCAGGUCACUUCUUGAUCCUCCUAGUUUCACAAAUCCUGGAGGAGACCCUGGUGGUUGUCUCUAGGCCUGCUGUGAUGUCCUGGCAGUGAGGCCUCUGCGCACCUGCCUUUGACCCCUGCUAGCUGGGACAGGACCCGGCAUGACUGGCAGAACAAACUGUUUUGUCCCGGAUGUUACGGAGCGUCCGUCUCCCUCACAGCACCUGUCUCACCCACCCUUCCUCUCACUCCUCUCCAAAUAACACUGGGAUUUUGUUCAAGUUCCCGUACAUGAACGCAUCUCUGGCUCAGGCUGGGCAGUAGGUUGCUGGUUGCAUUCCCUCGGCGGGGAUUUGAAUCUCACGUCCCCGCGUUUUCCCGCACGAGCCAGUCAGAUGGGACCGAGAGACGUCGUUCCCAAUAAUCUGAUUCAUUUUAUUUGGAAUAAAAGAAGUGAGUUAGGUAAAGUCAGGGAAAGUCUAGAAUGAGACUUGAGUUACAGGAAAUGAAUGUAGUGUUGCCUCAGCUCCUGGAAGCCCUGUUGUUGGCACUUGCUGGAGCGUUUUUAUAGGUGACAUUUUAUUUGAUAUGAUAUUAAACUGGAACAGGCACGGCCGGAUCAGGGGGCCGGCUUUGGCCCGGACUCACCACACCAACCAAAGCCUGGCUUUUAUUCCUCCUCUCUGCCGGCCAAACUUACAGGCCGUAAAUUUGAAAUAAUGAACUGCCUGGCCGAACUUGAGUGAGCGGGGGAAAUGUUGGAAACCUGGUUUGACCUGUUGAAAGGGACUGAGCGGGGAAAACAUGCAGCGAUAGCCGAGUGAGGAAAAGCAGACGAAGGGGCGUGUGACGCGAGGACGCGGCCCGCUGGAGCGGAUGAGCAUCUGCAGGCGACGCGCCGGUCGCCGGGGUUAAUGUUGGCUCCCUAAUAGAAAAGUCUCCAGCGUCUUAGGGCAUUUUUUAAUUUCUCCUCUGCUCUGGUCCUGAGCCGCGGGAGGGCGGGGGUUUAAGAUGUAAAGCUGCAGGGAUUAGACCUGCAUGAGGGGAAGACAUCGGGCGGAGGAUGAGCUGCAGGGUUGGUCCUCACUUUCAGAUGGUCAGCGAGGAGCUUUCCGUCAAGUGGUGCACACGCAACGGUGGCAUGAGCUGAUUAAAUGGAGGGAUGGGCAAAGCGUUUUGGCCCAAACCGAUGUUGUUCAGCUGCUUCAGAUGGGAAGUCCAAUGGUUCAGGCUGUGCUAAAUGACCUGGAAAGUUCUGUCAUGCAGCGACUUUUUAGGCUUUUUACGCCACAAUAAAAGUUCAAUGACCCCAUUUAUGCACGUGUGAAAGCCCGACUCAUGUUUAGACCUCCUCUUCUUAUGAAGUUUUCACUCGCAGGCUGGGCCUCUUUUUACUGGUCUUCCUGAGUUUCACCAGGCUUUACAACGGCGCUGCAGCGGCGAAGCAGGGGAAGACACGGCGAGGAAGCCGGGAGGGAGCCGUAUUUUACUGACGUGUGGCUUUUUCUCCGCAACACUCUGGCGUUCACAUUGGCUUUGUCUUGUUGACUCUGCCUGUCAUCUCUUCCUCCGUGCCUCCCAUUGUCUUGGUUACCCUGCCGUCCUUGUUUGGAUUCUUCCAAGCCGCAAAUGUACGUCUUUCUCCACUGAUCCUCCAUUCUUCCUGCAGCAGUUUGUUCAGGCCACGUGGCCGAGAGAAAACUCUGCUGCCAGUGUUUGUGGAGCUGCCCGGCAUCUUGAAGUGAUACACGUUACAAGUAUUCCAAAACAUCUUUUUUCACUGAUCACUUUACGGAGCAAGAGAGAGAGAGAAGGACGGAUAAAGUUUUCCGACAACUCUUCCAUCUGAUCGACAUACUUGAACGGCCCCGUCUCACUCGCAUGCCGUCGCACACUGAUGUUUGCCAGUGGAUGAUACCGAAUUCAGUCCUCAAUUCUGAGGUGUUUCUGGAGUAAAAAAAAACUUUCCGUCUCAGAGAAUGCGUGCGAUCGGAAGCUCUCUACACAAUGUCAUUGCUGAGGUUGCAUUCAUUGUCGGUGCCAUCCGUGCCGAAGUUACCGUGACUGAAAUGCUCCGCCCGUUUAAAGCCCUUUAUGUGCCAAGUGAGGCAUUAUUACCAGUUAAAGGAGCGCCAUCCUGUGGCCAACCUCCAUCUCUCUGUCAGGUGCUGCGCUGCCCAGGCCGCCAGGAUAUGCCGCAGAUGGUGCAACAUGUGUCUCAACUGAACGUCUAAGGCAUCAACUUGAUGAACUUUCGAAUGUCAAAACUUGAUGUCGUGUUGACUUGAACAGGAACUAGAUGUCUUUUACAGCCCAGGGUAGCAAUGGGCGAUAAGGUAUUGUACACCAUUUACCACCAAAACCGAUCCCCACAAUGAGAGUUUUGCGCCUCACGCUAGAGUUGAUACACACAAACACGCAGUGUUUUACGCGAAUAUGACGAGACCAUGACUGGACGCUUUGCUCUUCUGCUGACGCCUGACACCGACGAGUGGUGGAGGACUUCAGCUUCAGCGUUGCUUCCAACAUGUUUUUAAUUCAAGAAGUAAUGUCAUUGGUCGAUGCAGCAUCUCUGGCUCAGUGUUGGGUUUGUCAGAUGGAGUGGUCCCCAUAAGGCUGUCUGACUUGGAUCAUAUCAACAGUGACGGUUUAUUAUUCAUGUUUAUUAUGGGGUCAGAGGUUUUGUCAGAGGUGGUGUUGAAAUCAUACAUGGAAACUGGUUUAGUGUGGAAGAUAAGUUUGUUCUUCUGGAGUGGAGGCAUCAACCAGUGCUUCACCAGCUGCUGGCUGAACCAGCAACGCCAUGUUUAGUCGGGUUGUUCCUGUGGCGCAUGGAAAAACACUCUGUCUCUGCUGCAGCAGACGUGAGUAUCGAGCAACGUGUGAGCGCACUCUGCUCAGCGGGAUCCUCGCGUCCAUACCGACGCGUUUGGCUCGGCGUCCAGAUGGUUGGGGGAUUAUUACGUUCAGUUUAGGUCAAGAGGGUUGAAAGUAAGCAAAUUACAUUUCAAAUUCUAUCCCUGGAAUAUUUAAGCUAUUAGGUAUCAUGGUUUGGGAUCAAACAUGUCGCUCUGGAUUUAGCAGCGACGCCGCCCGAGCAGCUUCUCCUUCUGUCCGGCGAAGACGCGCUUCAGUGGGCAGGUUUGUCGAUGGAUCUGAGAGCUAGAUCACUGCCAAAUGUCCCGGCGCCGCGGCUGCCCUCAGCAACACGUUGUGGGCUUCAGCUUAUGUUGAGUGGAAACUGGUUGCAGCCUCUCAAGCAUCCAACACAGUGGCAUGCGAUUUUAUGGCUCCUGCUUUGGCAUAAAUACACAGGUGAAGUUGGUUCAGACGUUCAUCAGAUAAUAAUAACAAUAACAUGAGCAGUAAGUUAUGAUGACACAUUGUUAUCGGUCUCAGAUGGAAGGAAACAUCACGUCCUGUUUCUGUGUUUCAAAAUAAAAGCCAGUAAAAGCAAUAUUUUUUUAAGAGUGUGAUUCAAAUUUGUGCAAGCAUUUUAGAAAUCCUCAUAUCUACGGAAGGAUCUUCUCCAAAGUAAGUCACAGGGAUUGGACCCCACAACCUCCUGCAGAACAGAACUCACUGGCCAGACUGAAUCUUUCUGUUGCGCAGUGUGUUGCUAACCAAACAGCGCUGUGCCAUGGGAAGAUCGCGUCCAGAGAGGGGCGUGUCAACUCGUCUGAGAUCAGGGAACGUUUCAUGAUGGAAUGGAGGUGGUCUGUUCCUCUGUCUGUCAAGAGCUUCUGGAAAGGGACUCAGUUGGCCUUGUGGGACUCGUUGCGUUGGGAAAGCCUGGGCAUCCUCUUGUUUUGGUGUGUAGAGCCGUGCGUGUUGGACGCGCUCCACUUCUAUCAUCUGCGUCUCAAUUCAUCAUCUCCAACCUGUCACACGAAGCAGCUCAGACUCUCUGGGAAACUUUGUCUUCCGACUAUAACUCAUUUGUCUUCGUAACGAAAAAAUGCUUUCAGUGUGACAGAGCACCUGUAAAUGUGUGUGCGGUGUAAACCCUGACACUGGGCAGAGCAGAACACACAAAUGUAGGCCCCGGCUCCACCUGAUCUGAGCCGGAGCCCCGGGAUGCACAGGGGCGAGCGGAGAAUCCAUUUAUGCGAGUGGCUCCCUCUUCCCCUCACUGGCACUCCAUCAUCUCACCCCUCUCCUCUGUUUUUCAUAAACCUCUGGCUGAGCGAAGGCCAGCGAUCCCAGAGGCGAAAGGCGAGACAUUUCUGAGCCCCUGCCAAACAGAUGCGGGCUCCUCUGGGCGGCCCCGGGACCUGAAGAUCCUCUCUGUAGCCUGCUGCAGCCGCGGGCGACGCAGGGGCGGUUGCGCGCACGUCUCUUCAGGCAAUGAAGACCCAGUCUCCAGAGCGCUCCUUAAACUAACUGCCGCCUCAGAGUUGCGAAGCUUCUUGGAAAACACCUCGGCGUGCCAAGCGUUAUUGAAGCCCGGGGUGGUGAAAGUCCACCCUCCUGACGGUUGGAAGGAUUCAUCUCUCUCGUCAUGAGAGGGCUGUGAGCUGUUGUCUCAGUGAUUUAUGUGGAGGUUCACCUGUCAGGACAGCGUCACCAUCGCUCGACGGGAACGCUUGGUUUUUACGCCACAUAGAGUUUUAUGCAGCUUUGAAAAGACAGAGUUCUGAAAUAUGUGUUGUCACUGAACAAGGCUUUAUGAACAAAGACAUAUAAAAAUAAUAAUAAAGAGUUUACAUAGUGUUGCAUUCACUGCCUCAGGUUCAGUUGGAAUGUUUGAGAUGUUCUGGGCUCAUCCAAGGUCUUGGAAUUAAAACAAGAUCCACUCUUUUAUUAAAAAUAAGUGUAUUGUUUUCAAAUGGAGUAUUAAAUAUUUUAUUUCACAACAUACUUUUUAAUUUAAUUUCUCAUCUAGGACCCAGCUGUUCUCCCCUCUUUUGAUCUAUUUAGAACAUUUCACUCCGUUCUUUUCAUGUUAUUCACUUAAAAAAAAUAAUACAUUUUAUGAUCAUUUUUUUUAUCACUUCUAUUCAAUAUUUCAUUUCGUAUUAAGUACAUUUUGUUCCAACUUCAAUUACACUGUUUAAAAAAAAGCUUCUUCCGAGCAUAUGAUCUCAAAUAUCGUAUAUAUUUAGAAGUAUCUUUAUUGUUAUGGUGUAUUUUGUCUUCCGUUCCGUGUGGUGAUCUAGUUCAAGCCGGUUAUGAUCGGCGUACCGAGGCUCGCCCCAGAUGUGACCUCCGCACUUCUGCUCCAUGAGGUCACUUUACAGAUGAGGAUUUAUGGCGGACUGAUAUUCUGUGUAUGGAUUUGACCCAAUUCUGUCCUGACUUUAUUGCGCUCCCAUGAUCCCGCUCCUCCACUGCUGCUUCCCCGUCCCUGCGCGUCUCUCUCUAAAGGGAUUUGAAGUGAAGCGGCAGAUCAUACGGCGGAGGUUAGCGAUGCUUAUUGAUGAUUCUGUUUUUGUGGCCGAGGUAAGGAGUGGGUAAGUGGAUUCCCCGCGCUGUAAUCUGCGAUCCUGCGGCUGAUUCUGAUGAGCGGGAGGAAGGACGCUUUAGAGCUUUCAUGUGGGUUAAUAAGUUAAUAGAUGGAUUGAUAGAAUAAAUCUCUAUUAUCAGCUCGACCAUGGGAGAGCACGAGUGGAGCCGCAAGCUGGACGAAGUAGGCUAAUCCGCCGUGGCGGACAUGCAGAGUAUGUUUUUUUAUUGAAGGUUUCAUGCUGGGACUCUCCGUGUCGGCUGAGGUACAGAGGGCCAGUCGUGCGCCUGCUCACCGGUCGGAACCACAGAUGUCGUACAGAGGAGGCUGUCUGUGGCCUGGUAUCAAAGGGUGUUGUCCUUCCUCGAGGUGGAGCCUGGUCCGAGCAAACGCCCCAGGUGUCUGCCACUCCGUCAAAUGGCUUCAGUCUUCUUCUGAGGUUCUUUUCACUUGUCACAGACUCCGUCAGUGAUAUCGCUACAUGGAGCCGCUUCAUGUUCUUGACCUCAUUUUGUUCUUGGAUCGACUCAGUCGGCCUUUUUUAAACAGAAAGUAUCUUGUAUGCCAUGAGUCCAACAUCGAGGUAAGAUCCGUCCAGAAGUCAAAACCAGAGCGACGAGUCCUCGAGUCACACAGACUGCCUCCUUUGGUGGUUCCAUAUGUCGUGUAUCCAGCAUCCUUGGUUAUAGUGACUCGUUCAGGUGUGUUGGACUCUGUCACAAUAAAUGGAUUCAAGCAGAGGCUUGGGUUUCAGAAAUCCCAUGCUCCGACUGUGACUCCUCUCCUGCAUCACGUGUCAUGCCAUAGUGACAACUCAGCGGGAAUAUAGUCUUUCUAAACCAGACAUGGGCAAAGUGCGUCCCGGGGGCCAUAAGUGGUCCUUUGCCUCUGUUUUUGUGGCCCUCAUGAGGUCAGACUACAACUAUACAAUAUCCUGUUUCCGUUUUAGCCAGUGCUUGUUAGUAAAUACAACACAUUCAUGACUACAUGCUGUAUUUUCCUCAAAAACUUUACAUCUUUGAUGUUUGGUCCAUUGUUUUAUUAUGAUUUCUAUUCAAACAAAAUGAAUGAUUUUUAUAGGGUUCAUAUAUGCCAUAUUUACACCUCUUGAUAUCCUUGUUUUCAUUGAAGCUUUUAUGGUUCAUUUCCUCCUCAUUACUUUUAUAGAUUUUUUUCCAUGGGAAAUUGAACUACCCACCUCUCUUCUAAACAGAUCUUAUUCUGGAUUUUUUUGAGUCCAGAGUCCCAAUCCCAAACACAUAGCACACAAGUGUGAGUCAGCAUCAAGAGUGAGGACUCACAUUAAGGACCGUUGCUUCCAUGGCGUACGCUCCGUUGAGUUCCGGCUCUGGAUGUUCUGUCAGGAAGUGGAGCGUCUCUGUGGCAGUCGCCCACAGGCUGAUCGAGCUUCUAGCUAGUGUCCUGCCUGUGAUCCCUCUGGAGCCCGGCCGAGCGCUUUUUAGCGUCUGUUGGACUCAUGGCUGGGCCCUGAACUCCACCUCCGAUUGUAAUGAGCGUGUUACCCGCAGCAUUUGUUUGCUCACCUUAUCAGCGGCGGAGAUAAAGGCAGCUUUGGAAGAGACGGCAGCCGCAGCCUCACACAGCUGUGCAGGGAGCCAACGAGACUUGGGCCGGGGUCACCUCGGGACAACUGCGCCGGGCCGACGACCUCCAGACAGCUGGUGGUCAGAGGUCGCCUUUCGAUCCCUGCCCUCAUUUGUCUGACACUUUUUUUUCCUUCACGCAUCGGCGUGUGUGCACACGCCUCUGCAGCCUGAAUACAUCAGUCCUCCUUUCCUGCCGAUGCUGUGCAGGUUUGGACGGAGACGCUUCUUCUCCUCUGGUUUGGGACAAGCCCCUGCCAUCCAGGGAUGAUGCAGUGAUGCAGGCAGGUGGCCGUCCACCUCUGGCUGCAGCAGGCCCAGCCACAUAUGAACAACAGCCAGGCUUAUUCGCAAAAUGACCGGUCCAAUAUCACAUUUAUCCUCAUUGGCAUGGAACGCCGGUGCACUUUUACGCUGCCGCUCAUCGGACUCUAAUUCAUUAGCACAAAUCGGCAUUUAUGCAGAGCACACAUUAUUUUUACUGGCCUUCUUUAUGUGUUUGCGCGGACUUUUAUGACCCUCGUAAAACACCCUCUCCGAGCCCCAGAUAGAUUUGAGCACAGUCAUUCACAUAGUUCUCAAACCCCAAAGAAAAAAGUGUUUUUCGGGACCCUGUUGUUGGAGACUGCAAACAAAGCUCUGAGACAUGUCCUUCUGACCCGUCCUUCUCUCCAGAGGUGGAGGCUGGUCUUCAUCCAGCGUGGCACCUGGGAGGCUCUGCGUGGUGGUCUUCCAUCACUGUAACUAAGCGCUUUUGGAAAAACUGUUGACCUUAACAGGGACGCUGUUGCAAGAUGUCUCAAGCAGCUUAUACAUCCAGGCUUCAGUACGUAGGACAUCAUUUUGGUGUGCAGUCACUGGGGUGACAGUGGUAAUAAAUGUAUCUCAGUGGGCGUAGAAGCAUGUUUUGGAGGUUGUUCCCUGCUGUAUCAGGAGCUUCUUAAAGGAAAUUUGGUGUGAAAUCGGUGCCUCAGAUGUUUGGGCUUCCUCACGACCUUUGAGCACUACGCUAGGCGCCAUCCUUGUGCUAAUGGCUACAGCCCAGACUCCAGACUUGAGGUGGAGGACCAGCUCAGGCUGGCGUGACUGGAGCGCCAGUGAGAAAGUGCCUCAGAGCUGACAGUGACCGUAAUGGUGUCGGGGCCGGUGAAUACUGGUGAAGUGCGUGCAAAGGUUAACGCUGUUGCUCCGGACUCCCCUGGUUGUUCUGGUGACGGAGCCCAACAAAGAGUCUGGCUGUGAGUGAUGUCCCUGUCAGGACCGCUCCUGCAUCACAGCAGGCCUGUUUGCUUUAAUAGCCGUGCGCCUGAGAUUGAUGACGGCGGGAGCCUGUGAGAGCGUCUCCGCACCGGUGCUGCCUCGCCAUGGUUUGUUUUGGGGGGAAACUGGUGUGUGUUUGUCUGUGUUUGCUUUUCCUUGCCUCCCCUGUUGAGCCGCCGCGAUCGUGUCUGCCCACUGUAAACCCCCCCCAACGCCGCUCCUCUGCUGUGCCAACAAGUCUGUCUUCCUUUCUCAUUCCGUUCUUUAUUCCCCCCGAUCACGUCUUCCUUGGCGAGGACGGCGUUCCCACAGCUCUCACUACACCCAGCCUCGCUCCCCUCCUUCUCUUCCUUUUUCAUUCACCUCUUUUUCUUGUCUCUCUUCCCAUCUUCCCCCCUUUUUCUCGACCCCUCCCUCCACAUUCCCCUGGCAUCACAUGACCGCUCCGGUCCACUCGUGCCCACCUGAUAAAGGCCGCCUGGUUCGCAUUAAGCUUCAUGUACACAAGUCGUCUGUGGGCGCGCUCACUUGUGCCAGUUGGUCCUGAAUGUUUUUCACCUCGUGUUUAUUGUGCGUGUCAACAGGCCAGCUGUGACUGCAUGAUAUCAUGGGGCUCGGUCUGCGGAUAUAAGCCGGAAUGUGCAAACCGGAGAGAACGUAAAUAAACUAAUGAUCCGCUGCUCGGUAUUUUUAGCAGGCUGGAAACUCACGCAUCCCAUAAUAUGAAAGUCCGUGUGCUGCUUGUGUAAGCCACAAGUACUUUGCUCAUUGACUGAACUUUUGACCAGAUAGAUCCUGAACAAACACUCUCUGAGUCACAGAUCGCUUUUGCACGUGUUGCGAUCCCUGCCGUCUCUGCUCACACAUGCCAUCUGCUGGCCAAGGUGAAGAGGUGCAUCAGGCGAGGAGAGCGUGUGUUGGCUACAUGUCUUUAUAGGCUUGAAUCUGGGGAGGCAGGAGGGCGAGCUACCCUGAGAACAGGCAGCACCCCCCUCCCUCCCUCCACCCCCCGCACAUCACAGCUCUUCAGCAUAGGCACAGAUAAAAGAUAAAAGAAACAGAGCAGAGGGGCGAGCGAAAGAGGGGAGGGGUGCACAUGGGCAUCCCGCCAGCCCCUCUCUCUCCUACACACACACACACACACUGGAAUAUUUCUACCCCCUGCCCUGGUCUCUCUCCCAUGGUUGAUUCCCUUUAGGCCCCUCUCACCCCUUCUCACCCCCUGGCUCCGCGGCUCAGUGUGGCAUUGGCACAGAGAGGGCGCAGGCGGCACACAGACGGCCGCGCAGAUGGGCGACGGGCAACGCAGGGCUGCCUCCCCACACCUGCUCCUCGCUGGCACCGAGUCCGAGCGGCCGUGCUCCCACACUUACAAAUUUAAAAAAAGCCCACACAGAUGUGCAUCGCCUCCCGUCAGUUGAGGGAACUUCCAGUCCCAGGAAACACACGUGCGCGAACACUCUCUUCACUCGCAGAAGACGGCGCUGCCCACACGCUGUCAGUCAGAUGUUGGCAUGCUUAUCUGCCACUCGCCGCCCCGGUCCUCGUGCACACGUCACACAUGUGGAGACAAAACACGGCCCCCCCGCCCCCCACAAGGCCUGUAUUUAUAGCUGCACUCCCACACGUUCGCGGCACCAGUGCGGUGAAUCACACCGCCCCGCGUUGUGUUGUAACACGGAGUUGCAUUCCAGACAUUCACCCGACUGCACCAGUGUCACUCCGCCGCUGAGCACAACAAUAACGGGAUUGUGCGACUCGGACAGAUGUUUGACUGCGGCUCGCUUGACAAGUGAGUUCAUGUGGUGACGCGCUCGCCGUCCAGGCCUGUUGUUCAAGCGAGCCACCUCUGUGAUGCCUGCAGCGCUGGGCAUCUUGGGAACUCCACACUGCUCCAAUACAAACCUUGGUCAACACACUUCAACAGAAGUCAAGUGGAUCUGAUUUAGUUCCUCUUCCUUGAGCCUCAUUGGUGGCUGCCUCUCUCCUAACCUCCUACAUUCUUCUUCAUCUUUGACUCUUGUGACUGUGACUCCUCCAUGGCAGUAGCCGCGAGAGCGCCGCCCUCCUGCUGCCGCUCUGACGUCACGCUCGCUUCCUCUAAAUUGGCCUUUAAAAACUGCGGCGGAGUGAAGGCCUUCCGAUCGCCGGCCCUGGGAAGUGGAGGAGCACGCGGCAGCUAUUUUGACACCAGCGCUGUCGCGGUGCUCUGCCAGAAAGUGCCGGUUUAAUUGGUAGGGUGGGGAGAUUGAGGCCGAAUAAACCUCCCCAGAAUAGCGACGGGAAAAUCCGUCCUAAAACAGAACCCGCCGUCCCCAAAGUCUUGACUUGGAAUCAGCUGUUGUUGUCGUCAGUUACUGGAGCUGAAGACGGUUGUUUCAGGUAAUGUGCUGAUGUAGCAUUGCUGCUAACGGCUAACGUACGAAGAUCUACCCUUACUUUUCAAACCACGUUACCGUCACUGAUCACAUGCUUCCGUACUUAACGUUGGUAUUUCUGUUCACAAUUUAUCCAAAAGGGGGAGCAGCCCACAUUCAAACGUUCAUGACAACAGCAAACUCCAAAACCAACAUGGCGAUUGAUCAUGUAGCUCUUGCGCAAAAGAGGUCUGCAACUGCUUUAGCACACACAACCAUGGUGCUAACAUAACAACAAGUGGAGUUGAGGUUAUGGUAUCAUGCUUUCUAUUGUCCUUGCUAACUGAAAGAUUAACCUCAGCUAACUUAAGGCCAGAUUUAAGCUAACUGUAAGGCAAAGAUAAGCUAACUGUAAGAGUAUGAUAAGCUAACUUAAGGCCAAGCUUAAGCUAACUGUAAGGCUAAGAUAGGCUAACUGUAAGGCUAAGCUAAGCUAACUUAAGGCCAAGCUUAAGCUAACUGUAAGGCUAAGAUGCAGCAGCUCUGCUUUCUGCGACUCCCCACUACUGCGCCCAUUCUCCAAACAUUCCCUGGUGCCAACACCUGUGGAUGUGCUAGAACCAUUGCAACACGUGUCUGAGCUGGAGUUGAUGUGUUGGACUCUGUUGAAAACUUGGUCAUGCUGGGGUCAUGACCUCAUGCAACAGGUUAGUGCAGGCACCUUCAGAACUCCUGCUUUUAAGGCCCUUGUCUCAUGAAACCUUCCUCACUGAGAGUGAAGCGCUCGCAGUGUUGGAACCCUCAGCUGCAGUGCAGCUCUCAGUGAAAAGGGCAACGUCCACAGAAGCCCCAGCAGGAACCAACAUGUUGCACUAGCAGUGCGAGUUCUGUCAAACAUCAGGAGCAGGGAGAAGGUCCUGACUGGUUCAAACAGCGCCCCCUAGAGAAUACUUUACACAGGAAACUCCUGCAACCUUUGACCACCUCUGCAUGUUUCAUAAAACAAUUCUAAUUUAGUUUUUCUUUUAAUAUAUGUGUUAAGAUGCCUGUUUUAUAACAGUACUACCCUGGUAUUUUUUUAUUCUUGGUAUGAAUAAAAUACAUAGACGUUGAUCCUUGUUCAUAUUUUCCAUCUUAUUUUCUGCUCUUCUUUGUCACACAUUUCAUUUGCUCUGUCACCUUGUAAUUUCUGAUCCACUUGAGACGAGCACUCUUCUGGGGGAAGUCUAUUUUAUGGUCCUCCGUCAGAAGCGCUGUUCCGGUUUGCUGCCUGCCGCUUGAAAGGAGUGAGCGACUGAGGCGAAAGAGAACGACAGGAGAUGUGAAGGAGGUGGUGAGGAGGAGGAGGAGAAGAUGAUGAAGGCAAAAAAGAGCUCGAUACCAAGUGCAAUAAAAGAGCCGAGCGAACAUCUGUGUGAGAUAGCCGCGGGGAUUAGGAGGGUUUGGAACAUUUUAAGCGCAUUAAAGAUUAAAAAAAAGGUCAGAAUGUUUAGCAACACACUGAUAAACCUCUUAAGUGAAACCCAAUUGGGG